AUGGGACUAUCAUGGAGCUCAUUGAUAGAGACCGCUCUCGACCAACUGCGGGAAGCAAGGAAGCCUCAGGUGGAGCCACAAAGAUUCCUGGCUCAGCUUGAGAUUGUUGCUACACUCUUGAGAGUCGACCUCACCGAUCGCAGCUACCGCAACAACUUCACGCCGAACUAUCGGGUCCUCUUCGACCGUCCAGGUCGCCGGCUUUACAUCUACGAGCUCUUCAACUGCUUCGACUGUGAGCCCAUCUUCGUGAACGGCAAGCUCAUCCGGAUCAGUCAGGAGGCGCGACAGAAGGGAAAGCUCCUAAAGCGGUGCUACAACGAGUUGCUGGAGACCGUCGAUGCCUACUUCCUGGUUGGGGCCAUCCCAGACCUGGAGAAGAUGCGGACGCUGCUUGCCCGCUUUGACAAAACCUGGGUGGACUUUGAGAAGCUCUACUUUGAGGAGCUCUUCAAAAUCGAGGCCGAAGCCCGGGCGCCAGUGGUUCGGGCCAUGCAGCUGGAGCACAAGCUCCG